AUGGCCACGUUACAUGCCGAAAACGAGUCAGAACUCGACUCAGAUUCAUCGUCAGGUAUCGAAGAGGAAACAGAUUCAUCAGCUGAUGAAUAUCAAGCCUCUUCAACAUGCAAUGUUGAUCCAUGCUUCCAAGAUUCAGUGUUUCACAGUGAUGGCAAUCCCCAACAAGUAAGUAAAUGAUCUAAGUUUUGUAUUAUUAUAAUGUUAUUGAUUUUAUAUUGAAGUAAAUUUUCACGAAAUUUUGACGAAAUGCUUCUUGGAACUAAAUGUCGGGUGUCAUUUACUCAAUAUAUGCCAAAAAAGCCCAAACGAUUUGGCAUAAAAUUAUGGGCUUUGUGUGAGGCUAAGACAGGUUACUGCUGUGCAUUCCAAGUAUACACUGGUAGGGAAGAUGCUUCCAGACCUGAAUUAGGACUGUCAUACAGAGUUGUGUUUGAUCUCAUGAAGAACUACCUCGACAAAAGUUACAGACUUUUCAUUGAUAACUUCUAUACUUCUGUACAAUUGGUCUAUGAUUUACUACAGAGGCUUACAUAUGCCUGUGGUACACUGAGAUCAAACAGGAAAAAUUUACCCUCGCAACUGAAAGAACAAUUGGGAACUGGCGAAGCAAAAUUUUGGCGUUGUGACAAUUUAGUCGUUACUCACUGGAAAGAUAAAAGAGAUGUGUUUGCUAUGUCUUCCAUGCAUGGAAAUGAUUGUGAGGUUAUUGCCAACAAAAGAGGUGACAAACAAACUACCAAACCAAAAAUGAUGUGGACUACAAUGAAAACAUGGGGGAGUUGACCUGUGUGAUCAACUUGUCUCAUAUUACAACAUCAGCAAGAAGUCCUGCAAGUGGACUCAAAGAUUAAUUUUUAGACUUAUAGACAUGUGCAUUGUAAAUUCUCUUCUUGCAUUCACUGCCAACAACCCUGCUUUCAAAGAUGUGUAUCGAAAACACAAAGUGUUCAGAGAAAUAUUAGCACAUCAGCUGGUGCAAAAGUUAUUGGACAGAAGAGCCAACCCAAAUGUUGCUUCACCACCGGGCCCAGAUAGACCAGCACAAACUAACGAGAAAAGAUUAUUAGGAAAACAUUUUGCAAGUAGGCAUGAUGUUCGAAAACGAUGUGUUGCUUGUUCCACAAAGAGGACAGCUGAGGGCAAAUAUGUGGACAAAAACAAUUAUUGUCACAAAUGUGAGAAACAUAUAUGUCAAAUGUGUUUCGAAAAGUAUCACACUUGGUCCAAUGUAUAAAUAUAUCUCCAUUUUACCUGCAGUGAUAGCUAGUGUAUAUAAGAAUAACCUAUUUUGUUUUAUCUGUACAAAAUAUUAUACAUUUUUAGGUAUGAUGUCAGCAAUAAAGGUAAUUCAAACUUCUUCAUUUUUUACAGGAAUUUAUACCAGCAGUUUCCGGCAUAAAAAUUGAUAACUUAUGUAAUACUUUUGCUACAUAUAUAAUUUUGGUAUCAUUUUGAAGCCAAAUGAAUUAUCUCUUCAUUGAUUUGGCCCAAAAUACCAUUCACUUUUUCCAUGCUCCACAAAGGGUCCAUAAACAUUAAAAAAUGUUUUUGCUUGGGCAGGCCCAACUUUUUGUGGAUGCCCGCACUCCCCGACAAUAAGGUCUGACUCAUUGUGAUGCCAAUAUUCAAGAAGUUUAUAGCAAUAGCUUCAAAAUGAUAUGUAACAUGUAUGUAUAGGAUCAUUGAUUGUCUCCAAAAAAUUAAAUCAAUGCAAAUAAGUUGAUCAUUAAAAUAUUCAUAAAAAACAAUUCGGCUCGCUAAGGGUUUUAAUUUAUGUAGAUCCAAAAGACCAAAAUAUUAUUACUGACUGGAAAGUUUGGAAAUUGCGCUCCGGAGAUUUCGAAAAUUCAAUAGUAAAUACAUAGAAAGCAUCAACAUUUGCGCGCCCGAUGUGUCCGCCGCGCGACACAAAUAUAUGAAAUUAUGUACAAAUUAUCUACUUCCCUGCUCGAUAACAUAACAGUGAAGACGUCGUGAUAACUUUUAGUGAAUUCUUAAUAUAUUUAUUUCAAAAACCCCAAAUGAAAAGACACAACUGGACCAAAUAGUCGAUAGCGAACCUUUGCACACUAUUCCAUGGUCGCCAUUUUGAUUUUUAUUUCGUAAGUAUUACGUAAUUAAAAUGACGUAAUUUGUCAUUUUGUGGCGUACCAUAGGGCAAACCUAGAGUCGGGGGGGGGGGGGCACCACAGGUGGCCCCACAGACUAAUGAAGCAAGAAAUACAGGACGCUCCAAGCCAAAUUUAAAAACCUGUGCUUUCAUUAUUAUCACAUAUACAAUGUUCAAUGUCCAAUAUGCUUUCUGCAUUAUCACUUAAUACUCGUCGAUAAUUUGCUUGUAAAUUUACAUGUACUUCAUUUUGAAAUAUUUCCAUUUUUUGGUAGUGUACUUGAAAACCUAAUAUUUAUACCAGUGUUGUUAUACAAAAUAGUGCCCCAAUAAGCAAUUGCAGAAACUGUAUUCGAAUCACAAUAAUUGCAUGGCUUAAUAGUGGAGUAACAAAUAGAAUAUAAUGCAAUUGCACAACAUUGAGAAAUGUCAGAACUACAUGCUUAUGUAUUAGUUUCCUGUGAGACAUUACCACUACCAGGCAUACCGUUUUCACUAAGGUUUUGGGCGUGGUGAAAAAAAGCUUGUUGUUCUUCAAUAUUUACUCCUCGUAGCUCAAACUGACUGUUUUCACCGUAUAAUGACUGUAAAUGCAAAACAACAUGGUCGAUAGUUGCUGUCUAUAACAAUACACAAGUCCCUUGUGGAUGGCUUCUACCAUAUAUAUCCCUUGAAUGAGAGUCAAAAAUUUUGUAUUUCCCAUCAUUUAUGGAAUAUAUGCAAACUGCAUUGGAAUCAAUUGUCAAUAUAAAUGCAGCAAAGUUUUCAGUCAGUAGCAACCAAAUGCUCGAUGAAAUGGUACACAGUACUGAUACCCUUCAAUAUGACUUUCUCCAAGUAGUCUGCCACCUGACUCGUCCCCAGUCGUCUCUAAAGGUCUUGGAAAUGGAGCUCGAAAAAUUGCUUGAAAAUUUAAAACAAAGGCAAAGCAAUCAAAGCUGAAUUAAUUUGAGAAUUGAGAUAUUGCGAUUCGUGAGACACGCACAAAUGCAGUAAUCACGCGCGGGGAAAAACUGAAAAGGAAAGCGCGCGGGGAAAGACGGGAAGGGAGAAGGAAAGCGCGCGGGGAAAGACGGGAAGGGAAAAGAGAAACGAAGGAGACGACUGGCAGAUCCUGUAUCGAAAAGUUGUUUUUUUAAACGAAAAGUUGGCAGGCCUUAUAUUGCAUCAUUUUUACAGUCGGUCUGGUUAGAAUAUACGAUUAGUACAAAAUUAUAGCGGCCAAAUCAGGGCUGUCAGGACCAGAGAAUGAUAUUGACGAAUUAAAUCUGUCAUUUGACGAGCUGAAUAUCGAAGGUAUGUAAUUGAGAGUUGUAUUUAUUUUAUCUUUCAUUAAUAAACAAAAAUGUUCAAUUUUUUUCGAUCGAAAUUAUCAUAUUUUACUCCAGUAUAAAAGCUUAUGACAAUGUUUGUACUAAAUUGCUUUUCACUGUAUAUAUUAAAGUUUUCAAAAUAGUCUAAUAGUGGAGCACUGCAGCUAGUCAGGUACAAAACUGCAUAUUUACCACAGUUUAGUAUAGUGUUAUUUUGAAAACUUACAUUUAAACUUGGUUUUGUUUAUGCUCUGCCAGGCAGUUUCCACAGAGCACUUUGUGAAUGAUUUUUGCAACCAACCAUAUAGGUGAAUUGUUUGUUGAUGCAGCAGAGCAAGAGAAAAUAAGGACAAGUACCCCUCGAACCACACGUAGAAGUUUGUUCAAUCAAUUCAAACCAACAGAGAGACAAGAGGAUUUUGCAGAAUCUGCUGAUGCUGAAAUUAGCAAAAUUGAUGAUGUAACUAUGGGAAGUAGCAGAGGAAUAAAGCAUGACUUGACGCCAAAUUCCAAAAAGUCCAACCAACCCAGGGCUAAAAGGUCCCUUGUUGGUAUGUAUCUUAUAUUAACCAGCUAAGUUAGAAGCUGGCAUCUAACUAAAUGAGUCAGUUCAUAAUAGAUGUACUCUGUAGAUUCAUUUUAAUAUUUAACACUUACCCCUAUUCAUAUUAUGCCUAUCCCAGUACAGUACAUUCAAUGUAUAGAAAUGAAUUUUACAAUCAUCUUCACUGACAGCUGUAAUAACCUCAGCAUGGUAUGCACAUGUACUCUAUAACUUGCAAUUUUCUAUUUGCUUUUCUUUUCUAGGAGGAAAACCUUCAGGUCAAGAAAUUACAGACAUAAAGUCUAAAAUAAUAAAUCUACUGCAAGCUUCCUUUAUUCAACAACAUGGCAGUGAGGUAAACAGAGAUAUCCUACUGUCAUCUAUUGGCUUGGAUAGUGGUAGCACUUCAAAUUCACUGGUUACUCGUACAAUCAAACAAAUUUUCCCAGACCUUACACUCAGAAGGGACAGAAAAAAUGACUUGUAUCCUUUUUAAAUUAUAUGGGACUGGCGAUUUACAUUACAAAUCUGUGUGAAUUGUAUACUUUUGAAAACUGAUGGAAUUAAAGUCUAUUUUGAAAAACAAUAGUAUUUAUCUGUCAACCAAGAUGUUUCUUUAACUGACUAUAGAACAUUUUAUGUGAAUCUCAAACAUAAAAAUCCAUUCUCUUGCGAAGAUUCUGAGUGUUCACGACCAAUUUCAGGUAGGUAAUGUAUGCAUAUCAACUCUAUAAAUUGGAGGACAUGAGAGGUACCAUCAAGGCCCUUGCAGGAGAACCCAGAUUUACCCUAUAUUAAGGACCCCCCCCCUUUUUUUAUUAGUACAGUUAGUGCUUGGUUAGUGCAUAAGAAUUAGUGCCUAAUGGUUAGUUUUAGCGAUGGAGGAAACUGGAGUACCCAGAGAAAACCUUCGAAGCAUAGGAGAUAACCAACUAAUCUCAAAUUAUGUGAGUUAAGAUUAGUUAAGAACACUGAGGUAUUCAUCUGAGUGUCACCGUAUCCUCAACCUGCUGUAUAGGAGGCUUAACUUAGAUGUAAUAGGCAGCAUGCUUACUGCUUUCACCACCCUGUAGUUCUACACAAAAUAUACAACAACAAUAUUUAUUAAAAAUUACAAUUCAUUGUCGUUCUUUCAUAUGGGUUUGAACAUUUUUAUGUUCUCAUAGAUGAGAUGAUCAAUGUCCAUCAUCAACUUGGAGCUGUAGAAGAAGUUCUAAGACAAAUUAUACAGCAACUGGAAAUAGCAGGUGAAGGAAAUGUGCACUUUGAGGAACUCUUGAAAAAUUUUGUUAGAGAGUCAAAUGAAAGAGAUGAACUUAUGAAGACGCUUCUUAAAUUCUACCAAACACAAGCUGAAAACAGUGCUGUGGCAUCACCAUCAAGUUUAUCACCUGAUCAAAAUGCAAUCAUCGCCAAAUAA